CUUUUUCUUUUUCCUUCAAUUACCAAAAAAAAAAGUCAUCUUUUUAUAUAUUCAUUUCAUUAGAUAUCUUUUGUUAUAGAUAACUUUGGCAAGUACAGGUGUUCUUUCAUUAUGCCUGGUUUAAUAGAAAUAACACGUAAACGUAUUAUGGAUGCUAUUAAAGCUAUCCAACCACCUGGAAAAUGGAAAAUCGUGGUAGUCGAUUCAAAAAGUUAUGAAAUAUUGAAUGCUUCUUGCAAAAUGUAUGAUAUUCUGGAAGAAAAUGUAAGUUUGGUGGAAAAUAUUGAAAAAGUACGACAACCUUAUCCAAGUUUGGCAGCUAUUUAUUUCUUAACACCAUGCCGAGAAUCCAUUUUACGACUUGUGGACGAUUUCUCUGCUCAUAAGGAACCUUUAUACAAUGCUGCUCAUAUUUAUUUUACAAGCGGACUAGAUGAUGAUUUGUUCUCUGAUCUUAACAAACGAUUGAAAAGUACUGGUGCAGCAGAAUAUGUUCAUGGAUUGAAGGAAAUGUAUGUGGACUAUAAAGUGGUAGAAUCUGCAGUCUACACAGUAGAUCCAGUAUCUAGUUUUUUCUCAGUAUUUGGAACUGAUGACCGUGCUUACCCAGAAGCUUCCUUGCGACACUCAGCAAAACAAUUAUUAUCAUUAUGCGUUACAUUGGGUGAAGAUCCUAUCAUUCGAUAUCAAGUCCCACCAGAAAAUGAUGGUAAGACUCCUCUUUUACCUUAUGAAGGAGCAACCAAAUCUCUUGCCUUGUCGCUUCAAAAGGAACUGGAUCAUUUUUGUCGAUUGAAUCCAAACUUUCCACCACAACGACAACCACCUCAACCACGAGCAACUAUUCUUAUUGUGGAUAGAACUUUGGAUGAAUAUGCACCUAUAUUACACGAAUUCACUUAUCAAGCCAUGAUCAACGAUUUACUACCUGUGAAGCCAACUGAAAAUGGAACUGGUAUUGUCUAUUCUUAUGAGUAUACACAAUCAGAUGGAUCUAUGGGAACAAAAGAUGUGAUCUUGGACGAAGAAGAUGAUGUAUACAAAAGUAUUCGACAUUUACAUAUAGCUGAGUGUACAGAUCGUUUGAUUGAAAACUUCAACAAGUUCUUAGCCGAUAAUAAACAAGCUGCAGGAAACAGUGAUUCAAAUACUCCUCCUACGGAUUCUGCAAAAAGUUUGAAGGAUAUGAAGGAUAUGCUGACCAAGUUACCUCAAUUUCAAGAAAUGAAAGCCAAAUAUUCUACUCAUUUAAGUAUUGCUCAAGAGUUGAUGUCCUGUUUUGAAAAACAAAAGCUAAACUCUGUCGGAAAUCUUGAACAGAAUAUUGCUACCGGAGAAACUCCAGACGGCGAAGUACCAAAAACUAUUGUAUUGGAUAUGGUACCUUUAUUAGAUGACCCUUAUAUCAGUGCUACAGACAAGACGCGCCUAUUGAUGCUAUAUAUCAUUUCCAAGGAGGGUGGCAUCUUGGAAGACGACAAACGCAAACUAUUGGAACAUUCACAUCUUUCCCAGGAACAUCGUGAAGCAGUUGGUAAUUUAUCACUUAUGGGGGUACAAGUCACCAAGAAUCGCCGUGCGCCUGGAGAGAAAUCAUUACGCAAACGAUUAACACGCCGAAGACAGAACAGGGAUGAUGAUCAACCAUAUGAACUCUCCCGCUACGUACCCGCACUGAAGAAAUCCAUGGAUUCAUUUUUCUCACAUCAACUGGAUCACCAACAAUUUGCUUUUACUCGGGAAUCAGAUAUGGAUAAAGUGGACACUACUGGCGGUUCAUCUCUUGGACAAGUUCAAGCAGGAACUCAUCUCACAAGUGGUGUAUCUUUAAGAACUACCAAACCUACAUGGAAGAACAAAUCUAAUGGGGCUUCUGGACAACGUACAUCUCAAGGACCCAAAUUGAUCGUCUUUGUGAUUGGUGGUAUGACUUAUUCUGAAAUUCGAGCAGCUUAUGAAUCAAGUGAAGCAUAUCAUCGUGAUAUAUUUGUUGGAACCACUGAAAUCUUACGACCAGCAAAAUAUGUAGAAAAUCUUAGUCAACUUCGAAUGCCUGUACCACGAAUUAAAUCUGUGAUUCCACCUUAUACAGCACCACCAUCUCUAACAUCAAUACCAUCCUCUUUGAAAAGCCACAUGCCUCAACUUAGUUUAUCAACAUCACAAAUCAGUCUCGGAAGUCAAACCACCAAAAGUAGUAGUACAACAAACAUCAGCCCAUCUUUGGAUAAAUCUGAAGGGGACAAAAAGAAGAAGAAAGGACUCAAAAAACUUUUUGGUUAGAUAGAUAUGUUUUGUUAUUAUAAUAAUAAUAAUUAUUAUUAUU